CUGUGAGCGAGCAAACGCUAUCCCACUUAAGAAGCCGUUGGAGUCCGAAUGUAUGUUGUAGACAUAUCUCUGUUCUCUCUGCUGGAGACUAUAUCGUUCUUGAUGCUGUAUACUCACUCGAUAUGCCAUGACUACUGUAUAGAUGAAGAAGGCGAAGACUAAAUUAAGUACGACUGUUAUCACCUCUGCCACUCCAAGGAAAAAGUGGAUGCGAUUUAUAUAUCAGAACUAGUCGUGAAAUAGUAAUCUUGAAAUUGAUAAUUUCUUGGUAUAGAUAGUCACUUCUUGUUCGACCGGUUCUUCCUGAUGAGCAAAAGCACCCGAAGAACUCCACAAGAAACUUUCAAGACAUUCCCACUGAAUAACAUUUUCUUCUGAUUUCAAAGCUCUCAUUAUCGCAGUCGCAGCAAGUGAGCCGCAGGUGAUUGCAGAUGCUGUCCGGCAGCUGCAGCAUGUGGCUUUAGAAAGCGAAAGCGCUAUGGAUCACGCAGUCGGCUGCGCCAUUGCUCCCAUACGAUUUGAUGGGAGCGUCUUCGAGAUGGGUCUUCGAAUUGAUAAUACUCGCGAAACAUCGGCUUUGCAUCGACCGCUCGGAAAACUCAGGUGCCUGUAUCUGUUUUGUUUGUCAAGUUAUUUCAUUAAGAACUACCUGCGUAUGCUAUGACGUUUGAUUAUGGGGGCGCGUCUGACUCUAGUGGAGGAAAGCACUCAGUCGAGAUCUCCUAGCAGUGUACGGCUGCAAUGUAUGGGAUAUCAAGGAUGUAGAUAGUGCAUUGAAUUUGUGGAAAUCACUCGUCCGAUAGAAAUCAUAAAUCACCACCCGCUUCUUCUUAUAGCUUCUUCACAUCAGGUUCAGAAGCUCUUCGGGCGGGCGGAGCCAGAGCGCUACUGUUGGAAUUUCGAGCAUGGAUCCGGAUACUUCUGUCUGACACUUGCAGCCACGUUCCAUGUGCUGCAGAAUAGACUCACCUGACAUCUUGUAGACAGUCUGACUUUUUUUCUUAAUGGACAUGUGGUAUAAAUAUGCUUGACAUUCAGAAAAAAGGACUUGCAUUCAAAGAAAUGGACUGAGCUCCCUCAGCCUUGUGGUGUCUCGCACAUGGCCUUCUUCCACAAAGAUCGAAU